UGACUCGUGAGCUUUAAAAAAAAAAGGGCAAAAAAAGCAUUUUAUUUAAUUUUAGCUGAAGCAGCUUCCUCCCUCCCACCACGUGUUUUAUGUGGCUCAUCUGUGAACCUUACGCGCCCAACCAUAAACGGCAUAUUCCCAACAGCGAGAGAAGCUCCGGAGAUAGAUUGAAUCGGCCACCAUAUAUCUUCGGAGCUUCCAUUUAUAGCAAACCCUUAUCCAGUUUGGUCUGAUUCAAAGGAUCUGGCUUCCCUUGACCACGCUCAAAUAACGGUUACAGAGCCGUAGGAGCAGUUAGAUUUUAGGUUAAUGCGGUGAAUAGAUGUGCUCAGAGUGAUGAGAUUUUAUCUGGGAGAUAGAAUUUCAGGUUGGGUUUUGUUUGUGAGGGCUAUUGAAUUAAGGGUGUUUUGUAUAAGGAGUUAAAAUGCCAACUGCUAUACUACCCAAGGUGAACAGUACUAUACAUUCUGGUUUCUGGAGAGUGAUAAGCCAAAGCGGGAUACGAAAUUCGAAAAGUUUAGUACCUUGUCAGGGGAAAUUGUUGUCUCAAAACUCAGGGUUGGCGCGUUCUCUACCGUGUUCGACCCUUUUGGUACCGAACACUAGUAGAUAUAGUUUUGGUUCUUUAAACCAGGGAAAAGCUAUGGCAGCUUCAAGUUCGAAACCUGUGUUUGGAGGAGAUCUUUAUGUUGAUGACUUAAUUGCAAGUAGUGGGAAUGGCUUAGACUUCACAAAACCGGCUGGUGUGUUUUUUAAUGAUAGAAGUCGUAGCAGCUUCCUGAAAGCUAGCUUGAGUUUGAGAAGAAAAGAAUCGUUCAACGGUCGUCUAGUUUCUGUGCAUGUUGGACCUUGGUUGAGAAAUUUUCAUGCCUCGUCUUCCAUGUGCUAUGCUGCUGGUGCUGCUCAGAAUGUGUCAGUUGAUGGCAACUCCAAUGAAGAACAGCUUGCAAAUUCUACUGUUUUGUCUGAUCAACCUGUUUUGGGAGAGAGAACUCUGAAGCUACUUUCAGGAUCAUGUUACUUGCCACAUCCUGAGAAGGAGGAGACAGGAGGAGAGGAUGCCCACUUCGUUUGUGAAGAUGCACAGGCAAUUGGUGUAGCAGAUGGUGUGGGUGGAUGGGCUGAUGUUGGUGUUAAUGCUGGACUAUUUGCACGGGAACUUAUGUCUCAUUCUGUUAAGGCAAUUCAAGAGGAGCCUAAGGGUAGCUUUGAACCCGCCAGGGUGUUGGAGAAGGCCCACUCAUGCACCAAAGCAAAGGGUUCUUCAACAGCUUGCAUCAUUGGCCUUACUGAGAAGGGCUUACAUGCUAUCAAUCUUGGGGACAGUGGAUUCGUAGUGGUUAGAGAUGGAAGCACCAUCUUCCGAUCCCCUGUUCAGCAGCAUGGCUUCAAUUUUACAUAUCAGCUGGAAAGUGGCAGUGGGGCUGAUCUACCAAGCUCCGGUCAGGUAUUUUUGAUACCUGUCGCUGCAGGGGAUGUCAUUAUUGCUGGGACGGAUGGGUUGUUUGACAAUUUGUAUAAUAGUGAGGUUACUGCUGUUGUUGUUCAUGCCGUGAGAACUGGCUUGGAACCACAAGCAACUGCUCAGAAAAUAGCAGCUUUAGCACGCCAGCGAGCACUAGAUAAGAACAGGCAAACACCAUUUUCCACUGCUGCUCAAGAUGCAGGGUUCCGUUACUAUGGAGGCAAGCUUGAUGAUGUCACCGUUGUUGUGUCCUACAUAACUAGCUCCAUCAAGGUGUGACACAGUGAGGGACCUAGUGUAGAGAACCAUUUCCUUUGCAAAUGCUUUAUUUGCUUGCUUGCUUCUUGUAAGUUUGCGGAUUGGGCUUAGAAGUCUAUUACUCUGUUUUGCAAUGAAACACAGAGAGUGUUUUACUCAUCUUCGUUUUUCCUA